AUGCGGGGCCUGCAAGCCAUUCGCGCCGCGCUUCCUCUUGAAUUGACGGCCACCGUGACAUCGGGUUCCCCGAAGCUCGGAGUGACGACGUGGCGCCCUGCGAUUCGCCGGCUGAUCACAGCGAUUGGAUUAGCGUCGGCCAAGUCACCCGCAGUUUCCAAGCAGAACCCCGGCGCCAACGUGGCAAUCAGCGGCGAAAACCUAACCGUCACCCAGAAGCAGGCCGUUGCGAAGCAGGAGAGCGCGGCGUCGAACGUCCAACGGUCACCGCCCAACACGGUCACCUCCGAACUCCAAGCCAAGAAAGACAAAGACAACACGCAAGAGACCUCCGUUGAGAACAGCAAUGACCACGAGAAAGGCGGCCGCGGCAGCGGCGGCGGCUGCUCCGGUAACAGCGACUUCGAUUCUGAUUUGGCGCCUCCCUCGCUCGCCUCCCCGUGCCCGCACCCUUCCCCCAACGGGGGCGAAUCCGCCGAUCGUGGCCGGAGCCGCCUGUCGCCGCUACCCAUCGCAUGCCCCGCGCGCCCCGCCAUGUGCGACUUCUUCUUUGACGGCCUGACGGACGAGAUACCGGUCAUCCGUCUGUCCGCCGAUUCCUUUUUCGCUGGCCGGCCGAUUCCCAUCGGACCGUCUCCCAUCGUCGCCAUGGCUGGCGGAGCUUUCGUGGAUGUUUCGCGCGUUGAGGGGAACUACUCCCGCGCCGUGUGUCUGGGCGAGCCAGCGGAGAAUCCGGCGCCAGUCACGGCGACAGACACGUGGCAGGGGAAGACCACGGACGUUUCGAAGAAGCUUCUGCAGGACCAGCUGAUCCUGCCAGAAAGGCUGUUUCAGCUGCGCGGGAACGGAGAACUGAUGUACAACGGCGCUGACGUGGCAGACUGGGACGACGACGACAUCUGGCUGGCGGCGGCUAAAAGUCCCGACGGCGUUACCGUCAGCGUGCAAAUCGACGAAGCCACAGUGAACCUGUUCGGGGUCAAUAUCGAGCUUAAUAUUACCGAGGAUGGAUCCGCCACGUCGGAGAACCGCGAGGUUCCCGGCGCCGAGGCGCAGAUGGCUCUGCUCGAGGCGUCCUCGUUAUUAACAGACCCAUCGUCUUUCAUGCACGAUGCAGAACCCCCGUCAGCCUCGCCGCCAUUCCCAUCCGCAGCAGCGGCAGCGGCGGCAAAGGAAGCAAAGAACGGGAUUGAUCGCAAGAAGCUGUUCGAGUGGCCUGAGCGGGAGGCGGCUUCCGCCAGGCGCCUGGCGGAGGCGGAAGGCGCGAGCGCGAAGGGCGCGGCGACGCAGUGGCAGGAGAUGAUGCUGAAUGCUGGAGUCGCGGCAAUCCCUGAGGCAGGGCGCCCGGCCCUCCCCCUCGUGGCGACUAUUGUGAUGCCAGAGGAUAGUGACUCCUCCCCUGCUGCCGCUGGCGCUAAGGAUUCUGCUCCUGCUGUUUCUGGGGAGGGGGGAGACGCAGGGAGAGUGGAAUCGGAGGAGAAGCGCAACUGGUUGAAUCAGCCGACCAGCGGUGCUGUGGAGGGGGUGAGUGACAAGGGCGCAGGGAGCGGCAGUGCGAAGGGUGCUGCUGGUGGUACCGCUGGUGGUGCUGGUGGUACUGCUGGUGCUGGUGCUGGCCCUGCUGCUGCCGCGGGUAAGGAAAGCAAGCUUCCUCGCGAAGAAUCCAACGGAGGAAGCAGCAGUGGCAAGAGCAGUGAUGGCAAGAGCGACAAGAAAGUACACCGGAAUCUCGACCCAGCUCUCCACCCACUUGAGAAAGCGAAGGAGUAUCAGCGAGCGCUCAACGCAGUGAAGCUCGAUAAGGUGUUCGCCAAGCCGUUCAUGGGCGCGCUAGGCAGCCACGCGGACGGCGUCUCCGCCAUGGCGAGAAGCCCCGUCAGACUCAACUGCGUCGUUUCCGCCUCCAUGGAUGGGGGUGCGCCUCGCAAACGCCUUCCUGUUAGCUUCUAUCAUCAAUCCUCGUCUCCCUCCGUUUCUUGCUCUCGCUUCCCCCACCAACCGUUCUUUCCCCUCUCUCCCUUGCUGUUCUUCCAUCCCACAUAUCCCUCUCUUUUCUCAGAUGUACGCCUAUGGGACGUCCCUUACAAGCGCACGCUGUGCCGGUUUGUGGGGCACAGCAGGGCGGUGAGGGGCGUGGCCAUAUCAGCAGAUGGGAAGACAAUGCUGUCAUGCGGCGAUGACUGCACUGCAUGGGCGCAGUGCAUGGGCGCAGUGCAUGUGCUGUAUGCCUCCGCUUGCCCUCCUCCUCCCUUAACCAACACACAGCGUGCGGCUGUGGCAGCUACCAGUGCGGAGAUCAAGGAGUCCACUCAAAAGUCACCUCGGGGCGCCAUCUACUGCCGUGUUGCGCUAGCCGUCGCCUAUCCUUUCCCCCCUCAUCUUCCCCACCUCUCCCCAUCCUUCUCCCCCAUCUCCCACACACAGCGUGCGGCUGUGGCAGCUACCAGCGCCGGAGAUCAAGGAGUUGGGGGUGGCAGGGGGGAGUUGGGGGUGGCAGGGGGGGACUCAGAAAACGUGCGCCUAUGGCAGCUACCAGCGCCGGAGAUCAUGGAGUUGGGGGUGGCAGGGGGGGACGUGGAGCAUGAGGCUGUUGCCACCUUCCAAGGGAAAAACGCCUUCAGAGCAGUGGACCAUAAGUGGAAGGGGCGAGUUUUUGCCACAGCAGGCGCGCAGGUGGACGUGUGGGAGCACAGUCGCUCGGACCCCAUAUCUACAUUCACAUGGGGCGCGGACUCUCUCUACUCUCUUCGCUUCAACCCCGCCGAGCCUGAUGUUUUCGCUACUACCGGCAGUGAUCGCAGCAUUUGCCUGUACGACCUCCGCAUGUCCACACCGUUGAGAAAAGUGAUCAUGCAGACCAAGACCAACUCGCUGGCGUGGAAUCCGCGGGAGCCUCUCAACUUCACUGCGGGGAAUGAGAACGGCAGCUGCUACUCAUAUGACAUGCGCAACCUCACCACUGCUUCACUCGUACACAAAGACCACGUCUCCGCCGUCAUGGACAUUGACUACUCGCCAACAGGAAGGGAGUUCGUGACAGGGUCUUAUGAUAGAACGGCACUGACAACCCUCUUCUCCUUUUCCUCCCUUCCCUUCACCCUCCUAGCCCGGAGGCUGUCGUUCUGCCCCUCCUCGCACUCUCUCUCCCUUUCUCGUUGGCAGCGUGUUCUGGUGUUUUGUGUGCGGUUCAGCGGCGACGGCUCAUACGUACUGUCAGGCAGUGACGAUGCCAACAUCCGCCUCUGGAAAGCACAGGCCUCGCAGCAGCUCGGUGUGCAGGUGAGCUGCCAUGGGUUCAGUGGCGACGGCUCGUACGUGCUGUCAGGCAGUGACGAUGCCAACAUCCGCCUCUGGAAAGCACAGGCCUCACAGCAGCUGGGCGUGCAGGUGAAGCGGGAGAAGCGCAAGGCGGAGUACAACGCAGCACUGGUGGAGAGGCACCAACCAACACGUCCUCUCUCCCCUUGCCCCUGUCUCACUGCCCUCCAUUCCACCAUCACCUUGCCCUUGACCAGUGUUGCGUGCCCAGCAGGUGAAGCGGGAGAAGAGCAAGGUGAAGCAGGAGAAGCUUUGAGUCGACUCAAAACUCGACUUAUCACUCACUUGUGCUGCACCGAAUUGCUGGAGAAGCGCUUCGGUGCGGAGUACAACGUAGCACUGGUGAAGCGGGAGAAGCGCAAGGCAGAGUACAAUGCAGCGCUGGUGGAGAGGCACCAACACCUGCCUGAGAUUCGCCGCAUCCACAAGUGCGUGGGGGAAAGGGAAGGGGGGCGGGGGGAAGGGGUCAGAAGAAGGGGGGAAGGGAAAGGAGGAAGGGAAGGGAGGGAAAGUGGGGUAGGAAGGGGAAAGUGGGGAGGAGGAAGAGGAAGCGGGCAAGGUUGGUGGGAAAUGGGAGAAAGGUGGUGGACCAUAGUUGUGUGCUCAGUGCCUGUUCAACUUCCCAUUUUCGUAUGUCCUCUCUUCUCCCACCUCUCACCUCCCCAUUCUGUCCUCUCUCCUCUCACCUUCUAUGUUCCUUCUCUCCCAGGCGCCGGCAUAUGCCGCGACAUCAAGCUGCACCGGCACGUGCCACGGCCAAUUCACAACGCCAUCAAGCUGCGGGCCACGAUGGUGGCGGCAGAGAAGCGCAAGGAGGAGAACCGGCAGCGGUUCAAGAAGAAGAGCAAGGGCCUGGAGAAGAAGGACAAUAAGAAGAAGGGCGAGCGCCGGAAUAAGAUCAUUGCCGAGCUGGAGUAG